GCGGAAGAACAGUGAGUUGUUUUUAUAACCGCCAAUAAAACAAGAUGAAAGAAGAGCUGAUAGUCCGAGAGCUCAAUUCGAUGUUCAUCAUGAGAGAGCAGGUGGAUGUGAUCUGCUGUAAAUCAGUAGGAACUGAUCUGUCCAUGCUGGAUAUUGAUGAUUUCAUCACAGAAAUCUCUCAGCUGAAGAAAGAGGUGACGUCACUGAAGACAAAGCUGAUGGAGAGAGACGACAGGUCACAGGAGCUGGAAAAGGUUUCCUGUCAAUCUUCAGUGUGUGUGACUGAUGGGACCUCCACAGAAUGUCAGGAUUCAGUGUGGAGCGGCAGAGAUCAGUCCACACCACAGCGGCUGCUGGACAAACUCUCUGAACAGAGAUCCAGAGACACACAGGACUCACAGCUCACUUUACUCUGUUCUACUGAUGCUCAGGAGAGUGUGUGUGACAGUAAUCAGGGUGAUCAAACCUCCACAGUGUCUCUGACUUCUGUCUGUAACGCUGGAGAACAGCAGAUGCUGCAGACACCAGUGAAGAUUGAAGUGAUGCAAAAGGAGAUUAAAGAAGAAAACACAGCAGAGGAACAACAGAGUGAUGAAGAUGAUGAUAAACAGCAGAUGCUGCAGACACCAGUGAAGAUGUGUUCAGUGAAGCUGCUGGACUGCAGGAACCUGAUGAAGAUGAGAGGAGAAACCACAGCAGAGGAACAACAGAGUGAUGAAAAUGAUGAUGGAACCACAGCAGAGGAACAACAGAGUGAUGAAGAUGAUUUUAUUCCUUCAGUAGGUUGCAGGGCCGAUCACACAUCACAGAUUUAAGGAGAAGAUCAGUCGAUGGGCAGCCAAUCGAUUGGUGCAUCCAUAAUAUUUUUAUUUACAUUUUUCCAGAGUUAUAACAGUUCUGCGGUGUCAGUGACUCUGGAUUGAAGUUUCUACUUAAAGUCUUAAUUUGUUAUUUUAAAUUUAAGGUAUUCAAGGCUCGACAAUAAGGAUUGCCCGAUGGCCCGGGGCCAGUGUGAGAGAUUUGGGCCAUUUGCUAGAAUUGUCACUUGCCCAGUCGGACAAAAAGUCAGAGAGCACAAAAAAUACACAGAGCCUUCUAACCAAGUACUCAAAUCAAAUAAAAAUCAAAAAAUCAAAUCACUUUUAUUGUCACACAACCAUAUACACAAGUGCAAUGGUGUGUGAAAGUCUUGGGUGCAGUUCCAAGCAACAUAGCAGUCAUGACAGUGAUGAGACAUAUUCCAAUCUACAAUAAACAUCAGAUUUACACAACGCAAUUUACAUAUCUAAUAUACACAUAAUUACACACAACACAAUAUACAAUAAAGAAUACACAUACACACAAUAUAGAAUACAUAUUAUACAAUAAAAAUAGUAUAUAUAGUAUAUAUAAAAUAUACUGUAGGUUGUAUUGUACUGUAUUGAAAUUCAGGCUGUCGGUUGAUAGUCAGUUGCCAGUGUGUUGUUAAGAGAGAAUAUAAUUUAUGACAGUCCAGUGUGAGAUAUAAGAGUAAUAAAGUGCAGUGCUGAUGUAUAUUGAUCAUGAGAGAUCAAGAAUUCAAAAGUCUGAUUGCUUGGGGGAAGAAGCUGUCAUGAAGUCGGCUGGUGCGGGUCCUAAUGCUGCGAUACCGCCUGCCUUAUGGUAGCAGUGAGAACAGCCCGUGGCUGGAGUCUCUGAUGAUCCUCUGAGCUUUUUUCACACACCGCCUGGUAUAUAUGUCCUGGAAGGACAUAUAUGUACUCAGAGACGAGCGAGCAUGAUUUUGCACUGCUGUGUGGCACUCUCUCUCUCCCUGGGCUCUGGCGUGGGCUCCUCUUAUCACUCUUCCAGAAUUACUGCAACAAAAAACAGUCCGUACUUCCACCUGCCCAAUUGCACACUUCUUCGGGUUUGCCGUGAGCCCCGCUCAUCUCAAUGAUCUCAGGACAGCUCACAGAUUUUGCAGGUGCCACUGCCAAUCAUUACUUUAAAUAAUGAUAUCAUCUAAAUAAGCAGCGUCAUAAGCACAGUGCAGUCUGAGGACUCGGUCCAUGAGCCGCUGGAACGUAGCCGGAGCCCCAAACAAACCGAACGGAAGCAUCAUGAAUUGGUGUAAGCCGAACGGUGUGGCGAAGUCAAUUUUCUCAUGGGAUAUUGGGGUUAAGGGGAUUUGCCCAUAGCCCUUUGUCAAAUCCAGUGUCGAAUAAAAGCGAGCUGUGCCUAACCGAUCGAGCAGUUCAUCAAUAUGAGGCAUUGGAUAUGCAUCAAAUUUAGACACCGUGUUUACCUUUCGAUAAACCACACAGAACCAGACCGACUCGUCGCUCUUAGGAACCAGCAGUACCGGGCUGGACCAGUCAAUGUGGGAUUCUUCUAUUACUCCCAUCUCAAGCAUUGCAUCCAAUUCUUCUCAUACCACUUUUUUCUUGUGAUCGGGAAGUUGGUAGGGAUGAGUACAUACCACUACCCUGGGCGUAGUCUUGAUAUGGUGCUGUAUGUGGUUUGUACGACCAGGUAGAGAGGAGAACACGUCUGCACAUUCUUUCUGCAGCUUAGCAAUGUCUGUGAGUUGAGACGUUGAGAAGUGGUCUCCACUAGUCACCAGUGUGAGAUGAUUUGGCUUUUAAGUUCACCUCCGGCCUGAGCUCUGCCCUCUCUGGAACCAACGUCACAGGGACCGCCUCCCUCCAUAAUUUCAGGAGGUUGAAAUUGUAUAUUUGACGUGCAUCACUUCUAUCUGUUCGUUUUACCUCAUAAUCGAGAUCUCCCACUCGUCAUGUUACCUCAAAUGGCCCUUGCCACUUGGCGAGUCAUUUGGAGCUCGAGGUUGGGAGUAAUACAAGCACUUUGUCUCCUGGUGCAAAUUCCCAUAGCCGAGCUCCCCUGCCAUACAGCCAGCUUUGGCGUUCUUGAUCUUGUAGCAAAUUCUCCUGUGUUUGUUGACCCAAAGUAUGGAGUUUUGCUCUAAGAUCAAGAAUGUAUUGAAUUUCGUGUGUGGGGCCUGGGUAGCUCAGCGAGUUUUGACGCUGAAAACCACCCCUGGAAUCGCAAGUUCGAAUCCAGGGUGUGCUGAGUGACUCCAGCCAGGUCUCCUGAGCAACCAGAUUUGCCCGGUUGCUAGGGAGGGUAGAGUCACAUGGGGUAACCUCCUCGUGGACACGAUUAAGUGAUUCUCGCUCACAGUGGGGCACAUGGUAAGUUGUGCGUGGAUCGUGGAGUUUAGCAUGAGCCUCCACAUGUUGUGAGAAACCGCGGUGUCAUGCACAAUGAGCCAUGUGAUAAAAUGCACGGAUUGACGGUCUCAGAAGCGGAGGCAACUGAGACUUGUCCUCCGCCACCCGGAUUGAGGUGAGUAACCGCGUCACCACGAGGACCUACUAAAGCAGUAGGAAUUGGGCAUUCCAACAGUGGGAGAAAAGGGGAUAAAAAAAAGAACGUACUGAAUUUCGUUUUUACUAUUUGAAGGUCCCUCCUCCCAAGCUUCCGCAUGACAUCGAGCUUGCCGCGUGGUCGAUGUCCAUACAUUAGCUCAAAUGGGGAAAACCCUGUGGAGGCUUGCGGAACCUCUUGAACUGCAAAUAAUAGGGGUUUGAGCCCCUGCGUGCUGAAAUGUUGCACAAAGGCACUGCUUCUGGGUAUCACAUUGCACAAUCCACCAGAACUAACACAAAGUGAUGUCCACUUGCAGUCCGUUCUAAUGGCCCGACGAGGUCCAUGACAAUUCUCUCGAAGAGGACCUCGAUUAACGGCAGAGGGCGCAAUGGCGCUCUUGGGGUAGCCGGUGGAUUCACCAACUGACAUUCACGGCAUGCUGUACACCACCUGCGAGCAUCCCCAUGAAUGCUCGGCCAAUAGAAAUGGGCCAUUAGAUGGUUUAGUUUUUUUUUCACUCUAAGUGACCAGCCAUUGGAUUAUGAUGAGCCGUCUGGAAUAGCAUUUCCCGAUCACUCUUUGGUAUCAACAACUGGGUUGUAUCUUAUAUUUGUCUAAGCAUCCUGCUUCACUCAAUACAACCUAUCUCUAAUAUUUGAAAAGUACGGAUAAGUGAGUGCAACAUCUGGCUGGAGACAUUGACCAUCAAUCACUUUCUCUUGAUCAAAGGUGUGCCUUAGGGUCUCGUCUCACGACUGCUCCAGAGGAAAAUCCCCAGCAGGGAAUCUUCUUAGAGCUGGGGAAGCCGAGACUUCCCCCUCCCUUAUAUCUUCCUGACAUGGAGCUGAUGUAGAUGGCCCUGGCUCUGCCUCCCCGCCAGCGAGUCACACACCAAUAUUCUUUGUCGUAGGACACAUCCACACACAUUCCCCUCAAUAAAGAAGUAAAUGCCGGCAAAUUUGUUCCCAAAAUUAGUGGAUGGGUAAGGUGGGAAUUUACCGCAGCCUCGGUACUAUGUUUUUGUCCCCGAAAUUGAAUAUUGACUGUCACUAUAGGGUAAAUUUGAAUAUCCCCGUGCACACACCUCAACUUCACCUUCCGCCCCAUGCCCAAAGCCUAGUCUUGAAUCAAACUUUGGUGGAUAGUGGUUUGAUUACAGCCGGUAUCCACCAAGGCUUGAUAUGUACUUCCCCUGAUACUCACAGGUAUGCGGUACAUUCCAGCUCGAUCGGGGGCAGCCUGUGGGGUGUCGGGGACCCAGACCAAUACUCCCAGUUCCAUCAUGGGGCAUUGGUCCUAGAAGUGCCCCGGCUCCCCACAACUCCAACAAGCUGGCCCAGACGUUAUGCCCGCAGCGGAUUCACCAACCUGGGUGGAAGAGCGAGAAGAGACGGGGGAACCACCAACUGGACAAGCCCCCAUGAUCGGGGGGCCAGUUUGGGAGUAAACGUUCCUGGGAAAUGGGGGGGUGGAGGAGAAGCGAGAGAGAGAGGGAGAGUGAGGAGAGAGAAACCGAGCGCUGCUCCACCCCUGGGUAUGCCACCAUAUGGUCGUCUUCCAGCGAUGCCGGGCGGUGGCACUGGACACAUUUUGCUGUCCUGGUCAGCAGACGAAGAAUGAACUGCUCCAGCACCACCAGAUCGAUGACUAGUAGCAAGGGCUUCUCUCUCUGUAAUUCUUACAUUUAUUACAUUCAGCCAAUAAUCAGAUCUUUAACUUAGUGACUAAAUCUUUGAUCUUGCUUGUGAAAACAUUACACAGCGGCCAAAAUUUGACAGCAUGACUUAACGGAUGACCAAAAACCCAUCAGCACCACUGAACUCUUCGCUUAAAAACACAUGUAAAUGGCAGGACGGCUGAGGUUAAUAUAAUGUCUUAAUGAGUUUUUAUUUUUAAAUUGGGAUUACAUUAGGCAUAAAUCAUAUCUUGCAAAUUAUAAAUGUGAUACAAUUUUGGAAAAAAUUGUCUUCAAAACAUAACGUAUAUAAAAACAUUUAGCUUUGGACACAUUUUUUUAAAGCCAUGAUGGUAAAAACAGCUACUUUUCAUUUUUGUGUUGGGGCCAGUGAAAAUUUUGGCAGGGCAAGUAAAAAUCUGAAGCACUGACCAGACCAGGCCAGUAGAAAAAAUCAUUAGUGUGAGCCCUGUAUUAAAGGAAUAGUUCAGCCAAAAAUUAUAUUGUCAUCAUGUACUCACUCACAUGUUCUUCCAAACUUUCAUUCUUUCAGACAUUUGUCUGUGACUGUGACUCACAUUCAAUCAAAAUGUCUAUAGUCAUCAAAUACAGCUAUCAGUCAUAAUUAAAGGAAUAAAAAUAUAGCUUUUGCACAGCAAAAAUCACAAUUAAUACUAGGAAUGGGAAAAUCAGCUCUUAUAAAUUGUGAUUCUUGAGGCAAACGGUUUUUAAAUCGUCUCCCUGAUUUAAAAUAUUAGUUUGAAUUCAUUUUAAAAUAGAAACAUUUAGAAACGACUGACAGACAGAUAGAUAGAUAGUGGUUUUCUCAUUUUCUCAAUGUCAUGAAACCAGUUUCCCAGCAAGCAACGCAGCCUCCAAACAUGGCCGCCCCGGACUCCAAUUCCCACAACACAAUGCACCACCUCGAUCCCAAUCACCUGAACUCUGAUCAGCCUCACCUGCACCUUGUCACCACAGCUAUCACUACACUCUUUAUAAGCUCUGUCACAUUCCAUCCCUGCGAAUAUACGUUCAAUUCCCUUGUGUCUGACGUUACCAAGCCUUUAUAGUCUGCCUGAUCUCUUGUUUAUGUACCUUAGCCUGUUUUGACCACAAGUUUGCCUUUGUCCCUGUUAUCUCUGUUUGCCGAUCGCCUGACCUUCAGCCUGUCCUAAUUAUUGGAUUUUGCCUACCGUUGAAUUGUACCAUUGCUUGAACUUCAUUAAACUGCCCUUACUGCACUUGCA